UCAUUGCGUUUAACAUGGGACUCAAGCUACAGUUGAUCACAUCAGCUUCGUUGUCGUAGUCUCACUGAGAGGAAUAUGAUAAGGAACAUUUAAAAGUCAAAUAAAGCAAGCUUAUCAAGUAUUGACCUCACUCUACGCUCAACGCUCUGGUGAGAGUGAUUCCCAUGGCGUCUUCGAUUCAUGCCUCUCUGUCCGCCUUCAAUCUAUCUGGUCAAAACCCUACUCGGCGCCUCUCCUUUCCUCAUCAGAUUUGCGUUGUUUCGCAGAACAAUAUAUCUAACUUGAAAGCAUCCAAGCCACUGAGACUAGAUGCUAAAUGUGCGAGAGUAAUGGCCUCAAGGAGUGUGUCCCAAGCAAGCAGAGCUGCUACAACAGAAGACGUUCUAGAGUGGGUCAAACAGGACAAGCGAAGAAUGCUUCAUGUUGUAUAUCGUGUUGGGGACUUGGAGAGGACCAUCAAAUUUUAUACAGAGUGCCUGGGAAUGAAGCUGCUGAGAAAACGUGAUAUACCAGAGGAGAGGUAUACGAACGCCUUUCUUGGAUAUGGACCUGAAGAUGCACAGUUUGUUAUUGAACUGACAUACAAUUAUGGAGUUGAUGCAUAUGAUAUUGGGAAUGGAUUUGGCCAUUUUGGCAUUGCUGUUGAUGAUGUUGAAAAGACUGUAGACCUCAUUAGAGCUAAGGGUGGCAAAAUAACUAGAGAGCCAGGUCCUGUUAAGGGAGGCAGCACAAUAAUUGCUUUCAUCGAAGAUCCAGAUGGAUAUAAAUUUGAGCUUUUGCAAAGAGCUUCCUCUCCUGAGCCUUUGUGCCAACUAAUGCUUCGCGUAGGUGAUCUUAAUCGUUCCAUAGAAUUUUAUGAGAAGGCUUUUGGUAUGGAACUUCUUCGGACACGAGAUAAUCCUGAGCAAAAGUAUACCAUUGCAAUGCUAGGUUAUGGUCCUGAAGAUACGAGUGCUGUCUUGGAAUUGACUUACAAUUAUGGAGUCACUGAGUAUGAUAAAGGAAAUGGUUAUGCUCAGAUUGCAAUAGGUACAGAUGAUGUUUACAGGACUGCCGAAGCUAUCAAACUUGUUGGAGGAAAGAUUACUCGGGAACCUGGACCAUUACCUGGCAUCAACACAAAAAUAACAGCAUGCUUAGAUCCUGAUGGUUGGAAGACGGUUUUUGUAGAUAAUGUUGAUUUUGUUAAAGAGUUGGAGUAGAGUUUCUGAUCUUGGUCUUUGCAAUCUUGAGAGACUGACGUCAAGUCACUGGCAAAUCAAAGAUAAUCUUGAUUUAAGCUGCUUGCAGGCUUGCACGAUACAAUGUACCAUAUUCAAAUCCGAGUUUUGUAGAUAGUUUAUUAAUGAUUAUAGCAAUGACCAGAGUAGCCAAUUUCUUUACCUUUAUAAAAUAAAGCAAGUUAGUUUGAAGCACAAAUCUCUUUAUUUCUUCAUUUUAUGUACUUUUAACGAUUUUAUAAUAGUACAAAUUGUCUAAAUUUCACAUUGGAUAUUUCAUAAUAGUAUUCUCACAAUUUCUUGGCCUUUCC